AUUGCUCUUUAAUUAGGCCGCUUGCCUCUGCCAAACAAAACAAAUUGAAAGGAAAGUGGUCAACAUGCAAAAUUGAUGACUGAGCCUCUUUUGUGGGGGGGACAUUGUGUGGUGCUUGCUUAUGAAGUCUAAUGCAAUCAUAAAUUGCGUCCUUCGGCCAAUCAGCGGCCCGGGGGAUGCGGCAUGAAAGCGACCCAUGUGGAGAACUUUGUUGAGCCCCAUUGUUGCGGCUGUCAGCCCUGAGCCGAGGGCCGGGGGGGCAUGCUGCUAUAAAACUCCUCUCCCCAGAGUGAGGAAACCAGAGGAGUUAGCAGCCAUUCACACGACUGAUUCUCUCCCAGCUGACACACGGAGUAUCUCUGAUUUCACACACUGACUCUUUUUUUCAAACCGGGACCAUGAUGAUCCCAAGCGUCAUCGCGCCUCCUGCCUUCUACCCGGGGCUGUACCGGCCCGCCGCUGCUCUGCCGCUCCACCAGACGCUGCCGUCCGCCUUCCCGACUCAGUCCAGCUUUCUAGUGGAGGACCUGCUGCGGAUAAGCCGCCCCGCCGCCUUCGUUAACCGGACUGUCCCGUCGGCGUGCGCUUCGCUGACCACAGCCACCACCACCGUGUCCUUCGGCGGCGCGCCCGCGGAGCGCGCGGUGGCCACGACCGCGGUGACGCGCGAAUCAUGCUCGCCGAAAACGUCUGUGUCCAGCAGCAAGGACCCAACUUUUCUCAAGUUUGGAGUGAGCGCCAUCCUCGCCCCUUCACCAAAGACCGCGUCCUCACCCCCUGCACUCCACAGCCUGCACUCCAAGACCUUCCCCAUCCCCUGCUUUGACGGGACCUUUCACCCCAUAUUCAGGACGCCUUAUUUACCAGCAUCUUCAUCCGUUGUUCCCAUUCCCGGGACCUUCUCUUGGCCCCUGGCCGCCAGAGGGAAACCCCGGAGAGGGAUGCUGAGGAGGGCGGUGUUUUCCGAUGUGCAGCGCAAGGCCUUGGAAAAGAUGUUCCAGAAACAGAAAUACAUCAGCAAACCCGACAGGAAGAAGCUGGCCUCUAAGUUGGGCCUAAAAGACUCACAGGUGAAAAUCUGGUUCCAGAACAGGCGGAUGAAGUGGAGGAACUCAAAGGAACGAGAGCUGCUGUCGUCCGGUGGCUGCCGCGAGCAGACGCUGCCCACCAAAGCCAACCCGCACCCGGACCUCAGCGACGUCGGCAAGAAGUCCUCAGCCGAGGAGGAAGAUGAAGAGGAAGAGUUCGGAAGAGAGAGAAUGAGGGCGGGGUCCAGCAUCUCCUCUCCGUCUCUUUCCAGCAAGCACUCGGACUUCUCAGAGUCAGACGAAGAAGAAAUAACAGUAUCUUAAUUUAUUUUAAAACGCAAAUAUAGAGAAUAUAACCCACGUUUUGUUUUCAUGAGACUGUGACCAGAUCUGUAAGAAGCUGCCGGCCUUAAAGGGGACCCCAUACAUGUUCAAAAACACAAGUUUCACUCAAGUUUGUUGCUUCAUCAGCGCAUGCGCACUCUACAGGAUCUGCUUCUUAGACACAAUUUGCUGUUUUGCACAGCUUUGUUCAAUUGUACAGUAUUUUGUACAAUUUUGUAUGGAAAUUUUAUGCCAAGAAUAUUGAGUUACUUUUACCUUGACCUUGAAUAGAGUUGUUUAUUGAAAAAUGUAGCUAUUUCGUUAAUAAUUUAUAUGAAUUUGUUUAAUAAGUAUGUUGUAUUAUGUGCUGUAUAUAUGUUUAUUUCACACAUUUUGUACAAAUACCAAAUAAAAUUGUAAACAAUUCCAAGUCAAGUGUUUGUGGUGUUUUUUUUUAAAGGAACCAUUUGCCAACAUUAAAUCAUAAAUAAUCAUUAAUUUUAUUGAAUCACAAUAACUUAAGACUAGUACAGUGAUAUCAGAUUUAAUUCUCCGAGCCCUGGACAGACCAGUGAUGACAAACCGCAUCAAUCUGCUCUGAUGUAAAGAGACUGUACACAAAAUACUCCUUUUCAAGUACUGUAACAAAUCGGCUAGAAAAGUCAUCAAAAUGCUGCAAGAUAAUCAACUAUUUACAAAGUUAUGUUACAUAUAAAAAAUGUACAUAGCAAAGAAGGCUAAACAUUCAUUGAGUUUGUGAGUAAUAAAACUGACAGACAAAUGCUUGGACAACAUCCACACCUCUCAGUCUCUUUGUGCUUACAAGGACCAUAGCAGGAGAGUGUCUAUAAACUA